AAUCCUUUGCGUUUACAUUUUUUUUUAGCAUUACAUCACGGUAUGAAACAGGAGGCCAACUCCGAAGAGUGGUAAAAAACAAAAAUAAUUUACUUCUCUUUAGUACACAUGGAAAUAAUGAAAUAUGAAAAGAUUAUAUGAGAGGUCUUGAGUGUUGUCGCCGACAGGAUUCCUAGACAUUUGCCUCGGAUCCCCGGCUUUUUUUGGGGGACUAUCACUAUGGCAGCAGCAAAGAUGACCUUACGGCUACGCAAGAAGAGUGCCCCGGACAAGACCUCUGAUGUUUUGUCUGCCGAGGCGUCUCCAGACUCUAAGUGCCCCAUCUGUCUGGACCGAUUCAACAACAUGGCUUACCUCGAUCUCUGCUUGCACAAGUUCUGCUUCCGCUGCAUCCACGAGUGGUCCAAGAACAAAGCCGAGUGCCCGCUAUGCAAGCAGCCAUUCAACUCUAUCUAUCACAGUAUACAAUCAGAGAAGGACUUCAAGAAGUAUGACCUGCGGCCCACAGAGAACGGUUCCUUUGGGAGUUUCGCAGGGGAACGGUUCCGCUAUCGCACCACGCUGACGGGGGCGCGUCGGCAGGACCAGAGAAGAACAUCCCCUCCCCCCGACAAUGGGGUCAUGUUCGAGGCCCUAACGGGGGCUUCCCCCCCUCCUCGGCAGGACCGAGGCCUCCGUCGCAUGAUGGCGCGCCUGGCGGCCAGGAGGCGGGCAGAGAGCGAGGGCCGGACUGUGCGCAGCCUCCGUGAGCAGGAGAUGAUCAAGUUCAGACGGGCGCUCUACCGGCGAGGGGUGCGAGUGCGGAGCGUGCGGGACGGCGGUCGUUCCCGGGACAUCUCGGCGGAGUUCUUCCAGAGGAACCCAGCCUGCCUYCACCGCCUGUUGCCCUGGCUGAAGAGAGAGCUGGUGGUGCUGUACGGCGCUCACGGCUCCCUGGUCAACAUCGUGCAGCACAUUAUCAUGUCCCGCAUCACCCGCUAUGACAUGGAGGACCAMGCCAUCCAGGAGGAGCUGCAGCCCUUCCUCCAGGCCCGCACCGAUCACUUCCUGCAUGAGUUUGUCAACUUCGCCCGAGCACCCUUCAACAUGGAGGCCUACGACCAGCAUGCCGUCUACGACUGCCCUGCGCCGUCCUCGGACGAGGGCAGCAGCUCCAACUCCUCGGUGAUUGCCAUCUCUGAGGAUGAGGAGGAGGGCGAUUCUGUGGAGCUGGACCCCCCGGGGGACCCCAUGUCCGGGGGCGCCCUGAGCCAGUCAACAUGGGACGACGAGACACCCGGACCUUCGUACUCCACAACAGAACCCACCAGGGCCCUGCUGCUAUCAAUCAGAGACUCGGACUCAGAAAGCAGUGUGGGGGAGGAGUGCGGAGCAGUGUCACAGCCAAAGGCCCCUCMCCUGACUGCGGACUCUGCUUGGGUGAAAACRGACAAGGACGGACCGGRGUGUACCUCCUCUGGCGAUGACGAUUGCAUCAUCGUGGGCUUUGUAAAACCCCUUGCUGAAAGGACUCCGGAGCUGGUCAAGCUGUCCUCUGACUCAGAGGAGUCUGUUCUGGAGGAGAUCAAAGACGAAGUGCCCAGGCUGCCUCAACACAUCCGCUUCACCAGRCUUAGCCCCGCCUCCUCUCAAGGCCAAUGUCCUGGGAAGGCAGAGGGGGUGGAAAGGAAGCAAGAUGUAUCGUGCUCCAAGGAGAGACGUAACACCUCACCCUCAAUUAGACGUGAGACAUCAUCCAGUAUGUCAGCAAGCAAAAACAGAGGACAAACUGAAAAAGACGMCAGGAGAUGUCACAGUCGAGAUAGAUCUAGAGAGAGGCCACGGUCGAGAAGCAGAGACCGGAGGAGGAGGUCCAGGAGCGCCGACCGCAGCCGCUCGACCAAGAGCCCGGCCAUCUCCAUCAACAGCGACAGCACUCUGUCCAGAGGCAGGAGGCAGUCACGCUCCCAAAGCCGCGACCGCUCCCACACUAAAUGGGAGAAGAAGAGGGACAAUAAAGAUGGCAGCCGAUCAGGCCGCAGCCACGACUCAUCGUCGCACUCCUAUCACUGGCACUACUACAGCCGGGAGAGUGAGAGGGACAGCAGUGCCACGCUCUACACAGAGAGGAGGUCCUACUACUCCAGCUCACACAGGAACAUCGAUUGCAGGUCCCCAUCCCCGAGCCAGAGUCCGGAUUCCCACCGGCGGGAUAAGAGGCGCUCCAGAAGUCGUUCCAGCACCUGUUCGCCGUCCGGCGCUCACAGGAAGUCUCGUCACGAGAAGCCCAGCGGGAAGAGAAAGUACAAAUCGAGACACCUGGAGGAACCUGCCCCCAAAGACCAGUCCUCCAAAGCCCUCGACGAGCCUCCCUCCUCCACCACCUCGUUCUAUGUGAAAGACAAGAAGAAGAGCAAAGAGAAGCGUCACAGGAAGUCCAAGGAGAAGUCGGGGGGGAAGAGGAGCAGGAGCCUCAGCGUGGAGAUCAUCUAUGAGGGCAGCUCCUCGGAGCAAACCAGGAAGCACCAGAAGAAGAAGAAGAAGCACAAGAAGAAGGGCAAGAGGCACAGGAGCAAAGAGCGCACAGGGUCCAGGAAACACUCGCCCACUGUCAUCACCAUAGACAGCGACAGUGACCAACAUACUGCCGCAGGCGCUAACGAUGCUAACCACACCUGCCCGGUAAGCAGCAGCACUAGCAACAGCGUGCUAGCGCCUAGCACAACCACCACCACAGGCAACCCUGCAGACUCUGGCCUGCUGGAGUCCAUGUUACAAGACUGGGAACAGCAGAUUCCACCUGUGGGUCUGGACAGUGGAGUGUUGGAGGCGGAGCCUCCUCUAAAUGCUGCUGCUGCUACUGACACACCCACACCUAGUGUGGGGGUUCUGUCCCAAUCUGCCUCUGCGGAUGAGGCGAACUCUCAUAGUCCUUCAAAUGACAACACAAGUCAUUUUUUGGAAGAAUCAUAAUGCUGGCCCCGGUAUGUAGGAAGACAUUUAAUUUACCUUUAAAAGUUAAUUUUACACAUCACUAUGRAGGAUAUUUGAUAUGUACUGUUCUGCCAAAAGGUGCUCUUUCAUUUGGGAUGUGCCACUUUGCUGUAUGAGGUAUACAAAAAAAAAGGGGGUCAAAGAUUGGGUUUUAUUUGUCUUAUUUACAGUGACUGUCUGUAAGGCCUACAUUUAAAAAGUAUUUGUAUAAAAUACUUCAACUCAUUUCUUAUCAGUCAUUCAUUUCUAUGCAUCAAUCUCAGGGAUAACAUGGGCUAUAAAGCUGAUGUAGCUUGUACUGUUGUGUUGAAACCAAACCUUUUCUACCAGCUGCUCAUGUAGUCUGAUGGAAAACUGCUCUUWAUACUAGCCAAUAAAUCAAUAUGGGAAAACUGUUGUAACUGUGGAGUUGUAAAUAGUAAUAAAUGUUUCUAAACUGAAAUCAA